UAACGUAGUUUUACUAUAUCCUCUUUUUUCAACAGUUUUUUGGCGUAAGACUUAUUGAAAGAGAGAUAUUUGAUUACUUUUGCAAUAUAAUCUCAGAAGGAAUGAAGAUGAGGAACGAACAAGGGUUAACUAGCCUGAUCUAAUCAAUUUAUUUGUAGAACCGAGAAAAGCAAAUAAACCUGUAGAAAAGCAGCCAGAUAUCUUAUUAGAUUAUGAUAUGGAUCAGUGUAGUCAAGACCCUCACAGGGAAUUCACAAAUGCGAAAAUAACAACGCAAGCUCUAGUUUUCUUCAUUGCUGGCUUCGAUACGGUAUCUACGGCCCUCUGUUUUGCUACAUAUGAACUGGCUAUUAAUCCAAUUAUACAGAGCAAGUUAAGGCAUGAAAUCAACCGUGUUUGGACGAAGACUAAAGGAAAUAUUACUUACUAUAUUACCAUCGAUCGAGGUCAAAUAAUUUGGAUCCCUGUCCAGAGUAUCCAUAUGAACCCUGAUUAUUAUCCAGAUCCAGAAAAACUGGAUCCUGAACGGUUUUCUGACGAGAAUAAAAGCAAACUAUUUCCUUAUACUUACCUGCCCUUUAGUAUUGGACCAGGAAAUUGUAUUGGCAUGAGGUACGUUCUUUUGGAAAUUAAAAUUUUGCGUACAGUUAUUGCACCGUUUUGAGAUAGUUCAGAUUGAUAAAUCAGUUGUUCAGGAUUCAAAAGAUUACAUUUAUGAAUAAG